GAGAGAGAGAGAGAAAGGAGAGGGAGAAAGUGAACGGAAUAAAGUCAUGUUGACCAGUGACCAGCACGUCUACAGAACGUUUGGAUAUUUGGAGCGGGUUUAAAAUUGAUUCGGUGGUAGUAACUUAUUUACACCUGGAUGGAACUCUGGCGAUGCGCUUGGAUUUUAGGAUAACUGGCGCCACAAUUGAGAAGCAGCAAUACUGCACUGGAGAAAGCAACAAGGUAGCAAACACAAACACAGUCAUCCAAGGUAUUGUAGCCCUCAAAAUCUAGGAGAUAUGAGGGAACUUUGUAUCUGGAUUCUGAGAGUUUCCAUGCUUCUGCUGCUGCUCAGGCCAAAUCCCCUGGAUUGCCAGCUCACUACAGACCACAGGAAGGUUCCUCAAAGGGCAGAGCCCCAGCAGCAGGAGGCUGGAGGAGUGCAGGGUGGGGGCCCAGGCUCCUGGGGCUCCUGGGGGCCUUGGUCCUCCUGCUCCCGCUCCUGUGGGGGAGGGGUUCAGGAACAGAACCGACCCUGCCUACCCUCCUACAACCCCUCCAUGGGUGCAGCUGCCUACCCCUCCAGGCCAGGUGGCCACCACCCCCAGCACCCCAACCAGAACCCAGGCCAUGUAAUGUCUGCCCUAAGACCCACUGUCCCGCUGCACCGCACCAAUCCUGGGAGACCCCCACCCUCCAACAGCAACACCAGCUUGGCCCGCCGAGGCGAGCUGAGGGACCAGCAGAGAGACAGAGAGGCCCAUGCUGGACACAGGAUGGGCAGUGACAGUCCCAUCAUUCCAGGGAAGUAUGGCUAUGGGAGGAUGCCUUAUGUUGUGUCUCUCCAGGGAGACAAAGGCCAGACGUCUGGAAUAGAGACAGGGGCUGGCCGCUCCCACAGACAGAGACGCUCCCCGUUCUCUGACCCCAGCCCAUCAGCCACCAGGCACGGAGGCCACAGGCCAAACCCCUACCGUCCGCCCUACAACAACCCCCAUCUCCACAGCUACAGCCCAGUCUAUUACCAGCCCCCAGCCUCCCAACCUAGGUCUAACCCUAACCCAGCCUCCCCUCCCAGGGCUAACCCUAGCCCAGCCUCCCAGCCCAGGUCUAAUACUAACCCUAACUCUAACCCUAACCCAGCCCCCCAGCCUAGGGAUAACCCUAAUUCAGCCCCCCAGCAUAGGUCUAACCCUAACCCAGCCUCCCAGCCCAGGGCUAACUCUAACCCAGUCCCCCAACCCAGGUCUAACCCUAACCCAGCCUCCCAGACCAGGUCAAACCCUAACCCAGCCUCCCAGCCCAGGGCUAACCCUAACCCAGCCCCCCAGCCCAGGGCUACCUCUAACCCUAGCCUAGCCCCUCAGCCCAGGGCUAACUCUAACCCUAACCCAGCCCCCAGGCCCAGGUCUAACCCUAAUUCUAACCCACCCUGGUCCUCCUCACUCUACCAGCCCAGCCAGGGGCACCAACCUAGGCAGGAGCAGCAGCACUCAUCCAGCCAGGCCUCAGCGGAUCAUCAACCCUUUGGACUGCCCUACAACCCCCUGCCCACCUCCUGUGUGGGAGAGCACAACAAGUACAAGAUUUGCAACACCGAUGCCUGUCCUCCAGCCAGUAGACACAUCAGAGCGGUGCAGUGUUCUUCCUACAACAGCUAUCCCUUCAUGGGUCGACUGUACGAGUGGGAGCCUUUCAAUGAAGUUUCAGGGGACCAGCGUUGUGAGCUCAACUGUCGUGCGAUCGGUUUCCGCUUCUAUGUGCGUCAAUCGGAUAGGGUCAUCGAUGGGACGCCGUGCGGCCAGAACGAGACUUCCAUCUGUGUGGCAGGGAGGUGUCAGAGUCUGGGCUGCGAUGAGUACCUGGGCUCAGGCAAGGUGAUGGACAAGUGUGGGGUGUGUGGCGGGGACAACAUGGCCUGUAAGCUGGUGUCAGGGCUCUUCCAGCAGCACAGCCUGAACAAGGUGGGCUACCACAAGAUAGUGGAGAUCCCAGAGGGAGCCACCAAGAUCAAUGUCACCGAGACGGUGAAGAGCAGGAAUUACCUGGCUCUGAAAAGCCGCUCAGGUCGCUCCAUCAUCAAUGGGAACUGGGCCAUUGACCGGCCAGGGAAGUAUGAGGGGGUGGGCACCAUGUUCACCUACCGACGACCCAAUGAGGUCACCAGCACCGCCGGGGAGUCCUUCCUGGCUGAAGGGCCAACCAAUGAGAUCCUGGAUGUUUAUGUGAUCUACCAGCAGCCCAACCCAGGAGUGAGCUAUGAAUUCAUCCUUCCCUCUGACAACCCUCCACAGCACCCCAACCACAGACCUGGAGGGAAUACUCUGUAUGGGCAAAGUGGGAUUGACCACCGGGGCAACCCCAACCAGGAGGGGUACGAUCCAGCAGGAGGGGGCAAGUACUCUCCCCAGGUACCCAACAACCAGGUGCCAGCGGUCCAGCCACCCAAACGUCAGAGAGAAUACAACUGGAAACUGUCUGGGGCAACAGAGUGUAGUGCCUCCUGUGGCAGAGGUAGCAGGUACACCAUCUUCCGCUGUGUCCACAGACUGAGCCAUGAGCAGGUACCAGGGAACCAGUGUGACAGCAGCACCAGGCCCAGUUCACAGGAGGAGCCCUGCAACCUUCAGUCCUGCCCUGCCUUUUGGGACAUUGGUGAGUGGUCGGAGUGCAGUAAGACAUGUGGCCUGGGUAUGCAGCACCGCCAGGUCUUGUGCAGGCAGGUGUAUGCCAACCGGACCCUUAACGUCCACACCAGCCGCUGCCGCCACCUGGAGCAGCCCGAGACCACCAGCACCUGCCAGCUGAAAAUCUGCAGCGAGUGGCAGAUACGAACCGAGUGGAGCGCCUGCUCUGUUCCCUGUGGCGUGGGCCAGAGGACCAGGGAGGUGCACUGUGUCAGCAACAUGGGAGACUUUGUGUCAAACGAGGAGUGCAACAUGAAGCUGCGACCCAGUGACAAUGAGAACUGUGACAUGGGGCCCUGUGCUAAAAGUUGGUUCUUCACUGAUUGGGGGAAUAAGUGUUCUGCUGAGUGUGGGAUGGGCAUCCGGACCCGUGGCGUUCUGUGCCUGACCAAUCACAUUAGCAGCUUGCCUCUGGAGGGGUGUGGCCAUGAGCGCCCCACUGACUCUCAGGUCUGUAAUCACGGCCCCUGUGAGAGUCGCAUCGAGUGGUUUACAGCCCCCUGGAGUCAGUGUUCAACGGAGUGUGGCUCGGGCAGCCAGCAGAGGGCAGUGGUGUGUCUGAUGAAGACUGACGAGGGGUUCAAUGUAAUGCCGCCCUACGAAUGUUCUUCUCUAGACAAGCCUCUUAAUCAGCAGAGCUGCCACCUCAAGCCCUGUGGGGCCAUGUGGUACCACACAGACUGGAGCGCUUGUUCUAAGACGUGUGAGGGGGGCUUCCGUGUGAGGGAGGUGCGCUGUCUGUCUGAUGACAUGCUUUCCAGUGAGGGCUGUGAAGAGGAGCUGAAACCAGUGGAGAGAGAAGAGUGCAACCCAGAGCCCUGCGUCCCACACAUAGAUGAGAACUGUCGAGACAAGUAUUUCAACUGCAAUGUGGUGGUCCAAGCACGUCUCUGUGUGUACGACUACUACAAGACAACCUGUUGUGCCUCCUGCACACGAGUGGCCCACAGACAGUCACAACACAGGGCACUCAGCUAGCCCCCUCCCCAGGCCUCAGACCUCUAGGGGGCCUGACACAGCGCCCAGAGCAGGCCCUCAGUCCCUGGGCCAAACACACUGACCCACAGUGGAGAGGACAGCCUAGAACCUGACUCUGGGUGGACAUUGACUGGACACUAUAAUAUGAGUGCUGAAGAUACAGACUGAAAAACUGAAAGACCGCAAAGAAAGGAAGUGAAAGCCCAACUUGUUUUUGGCAUGUGAGGAGAUUGCCAAUGGGCAAUACAUGAAACUGAAUGGUUCUUGUAGGAUGGUUGUGAAGGACACGUUUAACAGGGCUAUGAGUGGAGGAGCUCUGGUGAGGCGAGAUGAUAGACAGGACACCAAACCGAAGAAUCUGGAACCACUUUAUGGUCUGUAACCAGAAUCCCCUCCAGUAAAAGUUCCCGUCUGGGUUUAUAUUGUGUUUCAUGGGAAGCAGUUUGCCGCUGCCAUUCACCUGAAUGGAUUUAAGGUCUUGAAAAAGGUCUUUGGCCGAAACGUUGACAGAAUAAACAACGUGCAGAGGUAAUAUUGUGUGUGGGAGUUAUCUUUCUUACAACUAAGGACUGCUACCACAUCUGUGAUGAGACUCUUGACUACCAUGGCUCUCUUAGAUAACAUUAAAGGAGAGGAAGAUACAGUAUUAAAGCAGAGCAAGAUUCUGUUUGUUUUGCAUAAUGUAUAGACUGUACACAUUUUAAUAAGCUUCUUUAUGCUUUAAAAUCUACAAUAUUUAUGAUCUAAUUAACUACUUGUAGUAUGAAGUUGCCCAAGCUUGCUCUUAAAUCAUCCCCAAUUACGCAUCAUGAGGGCUCUAUUCAAUACUCUCCUACACAGCUGUUUAGUUGACCAAAGAUUUCACUACUUCACAGGAGGACGUGUCAAACAGUAAUUGCUCAGUCCAGAUCUAUGGCUCUAUUUAAUCUGUACCGGUGAAGCGUUACCGAUGGCGCAAUAUAAAUGUUAAGGUCAUUUCUGAUUGAGCCAACAUAUGCAGUGUUUACCGUGAUGCAGUCUCCGCUAAUAUGGAACAUUGCCUUUAGAUUUCAAACACGCUGUAACGCUUAACUUCUGCGAUACGGAUUGAAUAGAGCCCCAAGUGACAGCUCACCAGUUUUACACAGCAACCCUCUAACAAAUUAAGCUCUAAAAUGUUCAUGUGUCAUUGUAGUGAAUCAUAUAUUUUGCAUCACUGCUGUGUAUAUACAGAACCAGUCAAAAGUUGACACAUCUACUCAUUAAAGUAUUUUUCUUUAUUUUGACUAUUUUCUACAUUCUAGAAUAAUAGUGAAGACAUCAAAACUAAUAAAUAACACAAGGAAUCAUGUAGUUACCAAAAAAGGGUUAAACAAAUCUAAAUAUAUUUUAUAUUCUUCAAAGUAGCCAACCUUUGCCUUGAUGACAACUCUGCACACUCUUGGCAUUCUCUCAACUAGCUUCACCUGGAAUGCUUUUCCAACAGUCUUGAAGGAGUUCCCACGUAUGCUGAGCACUUGUUGGCUGCUUUUCCUUCACUCUGCAGUCCAACUCAUCCCAAACCAUCUCAAUUUGGUUGAUUGUGGAGGCCAGGUCAUCUGAUGCAGCCCCCCAUCACUCUCCUUCUUAGUCAAAUAGCCCUUGCACAGCCUGGAGGUGUGUUGGGUCAUUGUCCUGUUGUAAAAAAAGAUAGUUCUACUAAGCGGAAACCAGAUGGGAUGGUGUAUUGCUGCAGAAUGCUGUAGUAACCAUGCUGGUUAAGUGUGCCUUGAAUUCUAAAUAAAUCACAGACAGUGUCACCAGCAAAGCACCCCCACAGCAUCACACCUCCUCCAUGCUUCACGGUGGGAAAAACACCAUCGGUGGGAAAUAAUCAUCCGAUCACCUACUCUGCGUUUCACAAUUACUCAUUAGACCAAGGCACAGAUUUCCACCGGUCUAAUGUCCAUUGCUCGUGUUUCUUGGCCCAAGCAAAUCUCUUCUUAUUGGUGUCCUUUAGUAGUGGUUUCUUUGUAGCAAUUUGACCAUGAAGGCCUGAUUUACAUAGUCUCUGAUGAUGAAAUGUGUCUUUUAAUAAUAAUAAUAAUAAUAUAUGCCAUUUAGCAGACGCUUUACUUGAACUCUGUGAAGAAUUUAUUUGUACUCCAAUUUCUGAGGCUGGUAACUCUAAUGAACUUAUCCUCUGCAGCAGAGGUAACUCUGGGUCUUCCUUUUUUGUGGCGGUCCUCAUGAGAGCCAGUUUCAUCAUAGCGCUUUAUGGUUUUUGCGACUGCACUUGAAGAAACGUUCAAAGUUCUUGACAUUUUCCGGAUUGACAGACCUUUGUGUCUUAAAGUAAUGAUGGGACUGUCCUUUCUCUUUGCUUAUUUGAACUGUUCUUGCCAUACUAUGGACUUGGUCUUUUGUCAAAUAGGGCUAUCAUCUGUAUACCCCCCUACCUUGUCACAAGACAACUGAUUGGCUCAACCGGAUUAAGGAAAGAAAUUCCACAAAUUAACUUAAAAAGGCACACCUGUUAAUUGAAAUGCAUUCCAGCUGACUACCUCGUGAAGCUGGUUGAGAGAAUGCCAAGAGUGUGCAAAUCUGUCAAGGCAAAGGGUGGCUACUUUGAAGAAUCUCAAAUAUAGAUUAUAUUUUGAUUUGUUUAACACUUUUUUGGUAACUGCAUGAUUCCAUAUGUCAUUUCAUGGUUAUGUCUUCACUAUUAUUAUACAAUGUAGAAUAUAGUAAAAAAUAAAGAAAAACCCUGUAAUGAGUAGGUGUGUUCAAACUUUUGACUGGUACUGUAUGAUUGAGUGAGUGAAGAAGUUGCUGAACUGAAGGCAAUUCAGCAGGUCCUCCCAGUGCCCGAACAGAACAGAAAGCCCUCUUUAUUUAUUUGUUGGGGUCCCCAGGGAGGGCGCUGGUUUAUCGGCAACAGUGGCCCCUUUUGGCUGCAGGGUUAAAACGUCUGUUACCUCUCCACCAAUCGCUGCCUAGGAAAGGGAUGUAGGCAUUCCAGAGCCCACUGGAUGGUUAAAGCAGAUGGUUAGAAGUUCUAGAACACUAUGCUUCUUAAAGAGAAGGUAAAACUACUAUAUUUGUGUGAGAUAAAAAGAUUACACCAUUGUACAUUUUUAUGUUCAUGUGGAGAUUGAAACAUUAAUUCACUAAUUCACUAAAAGGAUACUGGUAUAUUCAUGACACUUUAUAACUGCAGUAAUGUACCAGAAUCUUCACAAAUAUAGAUAUUUUUUAAGUACAUUUGAGUAAAUUGAAACUUUUACUCGGGUAGGCCUGGUAAACAUCUAAACAAAGGUGAUAAAUUGACCAUGCCAGUAAAGUAUUAUGCCCAACUAGUUUGUCCUUUAUCCUGUAUUGUACCUCAAGAGCAAUGAGUUCCUUUUUGAUUGCAUCCAUCCUAUUAACAUUCACUGUAAGAAAAGGUUUUGAGGACAUAUUUAUCAUGGUUGAUGUGUUCUCAUCCUGUAUGUAUUGUAUGUGUAAUCAGAUGCUACUGGGAUGGACUCUCUACAUGAUAAUACAGUGUAUUCAAUGCAACUUUGAGUUAAAGGGAAUUAACUGAAUUUCCAAACAGACAAGUAUUUCAAUUGAUGAUUAACACCAUCUUUUUAUUUUUUUAAAUCAGACAUGGUUUAUGACAAAUGCUAUACUAUACUUUAGUAUUUGGAAUUCAAAUGCUAUACUAUACUUUAGUAUUUGGAAUUCAAAUGCAAACAUCUGCAAUGUACUGUACACUACUUCAUAAUUGAAAUGGGAAAGGUUUGAUUGGCGGUUUUGGAGAGAAUAGGUAAAUAAAUGUAUGUUUAUACUUAUUUAGUGCA